GGGCGGUCCCGUGCUCCGCUAGGUGGUUCGAUCCAGUCGGGUGGAAAGUGCUGCCUGCUGGUGAUAAAGCCGCCAUUGUCCACAGCCCUGGAGUCUGUCAAUGAGUAACCUGUGCGGCCCUGGCUCCGGCGUGUGCAACGGUGGUUUAUGUGACAAGAACAAGAAACAGGGUCCUGGCAGGAGUAAUUAACUACGGUGACGUGAUCAGGGCGGGCCCUGAGCCAACGAUUGGCGGGGAAACCUGGAAACAGACCUGCGCGCGCACAGGGGAAGCCGGGCCGGCGCCAUGAUCAGGCCCUGGGGCCCAGACGCCGGGGCCACAGAACCCCGCAGAGGCUGCCAAGGACCCGCCAGUCGCUGCCCUGCGGCUCGGUGUGCACUGAAGCUGUGUGUCCUCGGGCAAGUUGCUGAACCUCUCUGAGCUUCCGUUUCCUCGGCGGUGGGGUUACUGUGAGGGUCGGCGGGGCUGAGACUGGAGAGGGCAGAGCGAGCGCAAUCCCACGCGGGAUUAGGGUGUUUUAGAGCCGCGGGGGGGAGCGGAGCCACACUGCGGGGGCGUGGCCUCGCGGCGAGAGCCGCUCGAUGUGCUCGGCAUUCGCUCCGGGCCUGCUCGGCGCUCGGCCGGCCGGCCUGCGUAGAGCGCGUACCGCUCUCAGAGGCUCCGGCGCUGUCUCCAUCAUGUCCACCGCCAUGAACUUCGGGACCAAGAGCUUCCAGCCGCGGCCCCCCGACAAGGGCAGCUUCCCGCUGGACCACUUCGGUGAAUGCACGCGCUUCAAGGAGAAGUUCCUCAAGUGUCUCCGUGAAAAUAACUUCGAGAACGGCUUGUGCAGAUACGAGUCAAAAGAAUACUUGGAAUGCAGAAUGGAGAGGCAACUGAUGGCACAGGAGCCCCUGGAAAAACUGGGGUUCGGAGACUUGGAGGAUGGAAAAGCCAACAAGCGCUAAGUUUCCGAGGGAGGACCGCUGGCUGGUCGUCUGGGGCAGAGCGGUGGCCCUCGCCUGUCACCCUGACGUGGCUUCCGAGGUGGCAUGACUGAGGGGUGUCCAGGCGCCCUUGAAGCGCUGUGACGGGCUCGGCCGCAGCUGGGAGAGGGCUGGUCCUCGGAGCCUCCCAGGUCCCUUGGGAACUUUUCUUCCUAUUAGACUCUCCUCUCCCCUAAGAGUGUCCAGCUCUGUCUUUAAAGGCUUGCGUGACGGAGAGACCCUGGGGCAGCCUGUGUGGGCUGAGGGGUCUCACCAGUGUGGGCCCCCCUGCCCCCCCCCACGUGUGGGGGCUCCGUCUCGUGGCACCAACGGUGAGAAUGCAGCCGGGCUGCUGUGGGUGAAUUUCAGAAAACCGUCCCUGGCAAAGUGGUUUCUUUCCUUUUUUUUUUUUUU